AUGUUGAACAGGUGGAACAUGUUGGCCAGGAGCAUAAGGCUGUUCUCCACCAGCAGGCCACAAUUUUCCUUUGUGGGUGUCUCGCCUGUGCGCUUGGUCGAGGGCGUGGAGGUUUCCACAGAACAGAUUCCUCCAGAGUUCUGCAAAUCAUUCACCAAGGGUAAACAGAGAUUCAUGCUAGAUCAGAAUAUCGUCGUCAAGGGACCAAAAGGUGUCUUGAGAACUCUUGUACCCAGCUUUGUGAAGGUGAAGCAAGACGGUGAGCUAAUCACUGUCCUGGUUGAAGAUCCAACCGACAAGGUCCAGAGAUCCAUGUGGGGAACAUCAAGAGCUAUCGUGCAUAACAACGUCAUUGGUACGUCCGAGGGCCACUUAGCCAUCGUCAAGUUCGUGGGUGUUGGAUACAGAGCUCUUUUAGAAGAAGAGAACGGCUCUCAGGUUGUCGGCUUGAAAGUGGGAUACCCAUACACACCCAAAUACAAGGUGCCAAGCGACUUGAAAGCAUCCUUACCGUCGCCAGCACGUCUUCUAAUUGAGGGCAUUGACAAGCAGCAAGUUAAGUUGUUUGCAGCCCGAAUCAGAGAGUUCAAGAAGCCUGAGCCUUAUAAGGGUAAGGGUCUCUAUGUUGAUGACGAGACGAUCAAACUCAAGCAAAAGAAGAUCAAAUAG